GUUACUCACGAUGGCUAAGUUCGGUUUUUCGUAUUGAGACUGGAAAGAUUGUAAGGCGAACGCUAGCCUAGCUGUUUUUUUGCGUAACUUAUUUUCAGUACUUUGUGUAGCUGGCUAAUAAAAAAAUAAAAAAAUGAGGUUCUUGCAAGACAACGUGACAGUUGAGUCGCCACCCUUUCACUUUUUGCUUUCAAGUGGAAACCCUGUCUAUGACAGCUACUAUCGACAGGUGGACCCGUCUGGCAGCGGACGUGUGGGGGCCGCUGAUGCGGCUUUGUUCUUGAAGAAGUCCGGCCUGGCAGACCUGGUGCUGGGCAGGGUAUGGGACUUGGCAGAUGCUGAACGAAAGGGUUCUUUGAACAAACAGCAAUUCUUCAUUGCGCUGCGAUUAGUGGCCUGUGCACAGAAUGGACUGGAGGUGGCGCUGAAGAGUCUCCAUGUGGCUGUUCCUCCUCCCCAGUUUCAUGACACGAGCAGUCCUCUUCUCCCAGCGGGGGGAGUCGCCAGUGACUGCCCCUGGGUGGUCAAGUCGGAGGAGAAGUUGAAGUACGACCACAUCUUCGAGAGCCUGUUGCCCGUCAACGGGAUGCUGUCGGGAGAUAAAGUCAAGCCGGUGCUGCUGAACUCCAAACUCCCCGUGGACAUCCUGGGGCGGGUCUGGGAGCUGAGUGACAUUGACAGAGAUGGGAUGCUGGACAGAGACGAGUUUGCUGUGGCCAUGUACCUUGUCUACAAAGCUCUGGAGCAGGACCAGGUGCCCAUGUCUCUGCCACUCCCCCUGGUGCCCCCGUCCAAGAGGAAGAAACCAGUCAGCCCUCCUGUGAUGCCCCUGCUGCCAUCACCCCCCUCCCACAAAGAGGGUCGCUCCUCGAACAAAGCUCCGGCACCUAAACCCCCACCCGUUCAGUGGGUAGUGUUGCCUGCAGACAAGGCCAAGUACGAUGAGCUGUUUGUGAAAACCGACAGUGACAUGGACGGCCUGGUGUCAGGGCCCGAGGUGCGAGAUAUCUUCCUGAAAACUGGGCUUCCAUCCGCCACCCUGGCACGCAUCUGGGAGCUGUGUGACAUCAGUGACAUGGGGAAACUGACCAGAGAGCAGUUUGCUCUGGCUCUACAUUUGAUCAACCAGAAGCUGACCAAGGGGCUGGACCCGCCCCAGGCCCUCACUCCCGAAAUGAUCCCUCCCUCCGACAGGCUGACACGACGGCAGCUCUCCGUCGUCUCUCCUGACCAGAGCAACCCGGCGAGCGGCCUGUCUGCUGACUUCUCCGCCAUCAAGGAGCUGGACACGCUCAGCAACGAGAUCGUGGACCUGCAGAGGGAGAAGAGCUCGGUGGAGCAGGAGAUCAAGGAGAAGGAGGAGAGCAUCCGGCAGAGGAGCACCGAGGUCCAGGACCUGCAGGAGGAGGUGCAGCGGGAGGGCGGGGAGCUCCAGCGGCUGCAGUCCCAGCGCCAGGAGAUCCAGGAGGCGCUGGACCAGCUGGAUGUGCAGAAGGCUGCCCUGGAGGAGCAGCUGGGACACAUCCGGCAGCAAUGCAGCCAAGAGAACCAGACGAUUGUGUCCCUGCAGGCAGAGCAUGCGGAGCAGGAGCAGAAGAUCGUGGAGUACGAGGAGGAGCUGGUGCGGGCGCAGCAGGAGCUGCAGAGGCUGCAGCAGGAGGCCACGUGUAUGCAGGAGAAGGUGGAGGCAGCACGCGCCCAGCUCAGCCCCCUGCAGGAGUCCGUGAAGGAGUCCUACUCCGAGGUCUCUCAGGUGCAGCAGAAGCUGAAAGACCUGCAGAUGGACGACAGGGACGUCACCAUGCAGCUCAGCUGGGAGAAGCACUUCCUGGAGCAGCCACUGCUGGUCAACGGCACUGCUGAGGAGGCUCACGAGCAGAGGCAGGAACAGCCACUCGAGCAGCCACUUGAGCAGCCACUCGAGCUGCUGCAGGAGCAACCGCAGAAGGAGCAACCGCAGAAGGAGCAGCCACAGAAGGAGCAGCCACAGGAGGAGCAACAGCCGCAGACACAGCAGCAGGAGGAGCAGGAGGAGCCACAGGAGCUGAAGCAGGAGCAGCAGGAAGAGGGGGAAAGUCUCAAGCCUCCCGAGGAACCAAAACCUGUGCUCAUCUUUGAAGAGGAUCUGUACCUCAGUGCUCCUCCAACUGCCUGGCCCCAGGACAGCCUGGUGAGCACAGAGGACCACAGACAGACUGACCUAAACCUGGAAAGCGCCGGCCCGUCCUCUGUAGCUGAACUCACCCCGGAGGUUAAGGAAGAGAAGGAAGAGUCUCCCAAAGACAGCACUCCUAAGCUCCUGGAUUCCCCAGAGCCAGAGAAGGGACCGCAGCCCGAGGCCGAGGCUGAGCCAGAGCCAUCACUGCCCCCCCAGACCAGCCCCCCCACUGCCCCCGGGCUGGACUUCUUCCAGGCCGACCCUUUCACCGACAGCGACCCAUUCAAAGAUGACCCGUUUGCAAAAGUGGAUGUUUCAGAUCCUUUUGGAGGAGACCCCUUCAAAGGCACAGACCCGUUUGCUGCCGAUGCCUUCUUCAAGCAGCCUUCAGCCGACCCGUUCACCUCUGCUGACCCCUUCAGCGGCGCCGCCAGCCCGGUCCAGCCCGACCUCUUCAGCAGCCAGCUCAAUAACGCAGCCGGAGCGGACCCUUUCACCUCCAACCUCAACAGUGCGGCUGGGAGCGACCCCUUCGGCUGCAAAGUCAACAACAUCACCGACCCCGACCCCUUCACCUCCAAAAACAACAACUUGGCCGACGCUGACCCCUUUGCCUCCAGUGCCAGCCCGACGGGCGGCCCCGAUCCCUUCUCCUCCUCCUCCUCCUCCCCUCCUGGUCAGGACGGGCCCACGAAGGAUCUGGGUUCAGUGACGAAUGACCCGUUCGCUCCUGGAGGCACUGCGGCAAACGUGAGCUCUGACCCAGACCCCUUCGCCGCCGUGUUUGGAAAGGAAACAUUUGGAGGAGGAUUUGCAGACUUCAGCAGCCUGUCAAAGUCGAACGGCCCUGACCCUUUCAGCUCCUCAAACACUCUGAGCAGCAAGAAUCUCUUUAAGGAGGACAGUCAGCUGGCCAGCCCUGACGUGCCCCCAGCCCUGCCCCCCAAGACCGGGACUCCCACCAGGCCUCCCCCCCCUCCUCCUGGAAAACGGUCCACCAUUUCUAGAUCGGAGUCAUCUGACUCUUUCCACCGGAGGGCGCCCUUGUUGCCGGCGGGCUCAGGGGACGGGCCCUCCCAGCCUGCCAAGGACGCGGCCCCGGACCCCUUCGCCCCAUCCUCACCCCAGCAGCCCUCACGGGACCCUGACCGAUUUGCCAGCUUUGACAAAUACCCCACAGAGGAGGACAUGAUUGAGUGGGCCAAACGGGAGAGCGAGCGGGAGGAGAAGGAGCGCCUCGCUCGCCUGACACAGCAGGAGCAGGAGGACCUGGAGCUGGCCAUCGCCCUCAGCAAGUCGGAGCUCUCCUGAGGCUCGCUGGGCGUCCUCUACGCCCACUCGCACCAAAGGAGGAAGGAGUUGGAGGAACUGAACUGAAGGGCCAGCCCCUGGGAACGUUUCCAUCCACCAACCAUCGCCAAAAGCCAUCCGCCAUCAUACACGCUCCUCCAUGUUCCUAUCCUGGUUGCCAUUUCUAGAUUCUCCCGUUCUGUAUAAAUUGUAAAUGCUUUUAAAAUAGAAUUGGUACAAAACUGGGAAUCCUAAAUUGGUACAGGGCUGGUGUGGAGUGGUACAUCUUCAGGGGCCUAUUGUUUGCAUUACCUUCCUGGCAUGUGGACAGACGGAACCGCCAGUGCAUGUCCACGUGUAGCCUUCGAGUCCCUGACCUCGUCUCGAAAUUCCAACCUGCCUUUGCCAUUCUGCCAAUGACUAGCAAGAACAAACACGGGGCGCUUUUGUGUCAUUUUAUUCUGCUUCCUUCUCCUGCCCCUGAGGUUUUCAUCGCCCCUUGGGUGUAUUGCGCUCCACUGGACUCACAAAUGUCGUCUCCAGCCUCCCGUUUCUGUAGCCUCAGCAUUGUCCCUGUGGACGACCGGCUCACUGUUGCUGGGUGAUUUCAGGGUCUCACCAUUACCAGAAUACAGGUUAUAUCGAGUGGCUGCUUCUGAUCUGCCAUCCUGCAGCCAGUGCCUGGGGUGUUUUAAGGGGAUGUUGUUUUUGAAUAUUUACUUGAAAUGGGAGGCAAUCCAGCUCCCAGUCAUUCUCUCUCUUUGCCUGAGCAUUUCAGAUCUGUGAUGUGCUGUGGAAGCAGGUGAUUGUGACAUGGUGCUUAGAGUACGAAGCUCGUAGCCAAUGGCCAAUGACAGUUGGCAGGGGCUUAACACUAGCAACCAGUUGCACUCAGUGGGCACUGAUUUUAUUGAAUGGGAUGGAAUAUAUGAAUUUGCAGAAUACAUCAGUGUAUUAGUGUGCUGUCACUUAUACAUCUUCUUGCCCCUCUGUGUGCUUGAAUAUAAACUGCAGUUGCUGGCAUAUAGUGUGGAUACUCAGCUUGUCUGUUAUGAAAGGCAUUGGACUGAGUGUGAAAUCAAUCAUUUGAAAGUGGUUUGUGUGUAGACAUGCACUUGGCAGCGAUUUUGACAGGAGAAGAAUUGUAUUAUAAAAACAGGGUAUUCCCUAUUUUCUACAUGUUGAAAAUGAAAUGCACCAUGCUCUAACAUAAUGAACAGAUCUCAAUAGGACGAAGUAUAGUGUUGAUGAGAAACCCAAUAGAAAAGCCCAACAGACCCAUAACAGCAAUAUGUAGUUAUUUAACCUGUGUAUCAUGGGGCCCGACUCAGACAUGUAUACCAUGGGAGUGUAAUCUGUUUGAAGGGGAUGUUGCUACUGUAUGUGAGCUGCUGCAAUUCCUCUUGAUUGUAUUGGAAUAUAUAACCCAGUUUAUAUCAUAUUCUGCUGCUUGGCUCUUGUGAAAACGAUUGCUUUUCCCUUUGACCGCUUUACACAACCUGCCUUUUCACAUUUGCCAAAAAGAGACCACUGUAGGGAAGAACCUUCAGAACGUGUUCAUAUGUAGUUGCGCAUUUGCUCUUAAGAAAGUUCUUGCUGCUUCCUGGCACAAAGCUCGUUAUUGUUUUGCGCUCCUGCAGUCCUGCAUGAAAUUCUAUCUCCAUUUUCUGAAUGGCUUUUUUUUUUUUUUUAAUAGUACCUAUGCCAUGCAGAAGUAGAAGAACCACUAGUUAAGAUUUUACUUUUAAAUUUGUGCCCAGAGAGAUUUGUUUAUGCUUCUGUUUGUACAUUUCAGGUGCACGUUCAUCAGGUUUGUCUGGUGAUGUAAACAACACAUUUGUAAACUAGUUCACACCCCAUUUACUAUUGUUUAAUUAAAAACAUGUUGGACACUUUAAUAUUUGAGGAAAGAGACUUGCUACACUAUUUAAAUUUUGUGAAGACAAUGAAAUGCAGUAUAUUUUUUAUUUGGUUAUCAUUUGAAAGAUACCUUGGCUCACUUAGUCGUUUAGAAUUUCAGAGUUUUAGAUUAUCAUUUAUAAAAGGAGUUAAAGGGUGAGCACUGAGUCUCAUUUAUGGGGCAGCAAGUUGUCCCUAUUGGUUCAUUUUCUGAGACAUUCAUGCCCCAAUUCCAGCAUCAAAGCAUUUUUGUGUUUAAAACAAACCUACAUAAUGUUGAUGUGACUUUCCUCUUACCAGAGGUUUGACUAUUCCCCUUAAUGCAGUUACCAGGCUAUAGUAUACGCACACAAGUCUUCACCUAACAUCUUGCUGAUUUACAGCAGUCAGCAGGGGUUUAAGUUACCUUUCCAGAAUAAGUUUGUGUUUGCUGCUCAUCCUAGCUUUGUAAAGCUCUGAAGUUGUGGUCGGUCUGAUGUUUUUAUGCCUUUCUUUGAAUGAGAGUGAUGCCAUGACGGGUCACGACCUGUCUGUGAAGUCUGAAGUGACUGUGAAAAGUAUCCUUUGUCUUUUGCACAAAGACUGCUGCUGGCUAUGGACUUCUGUCACCAUCCGAGUUUUCAUUCUGUCCUGGAAUGUGUUCUUGAGGCGCGGAUGUAGAUGGUAACCUUUCGAACAAAUGCAUUUUAAAAAGUAUUUAUUUACAACCUUUAAGACAACAAGCAGGUGUGUUGGGUAUUGUGUGGGGACAAAUGUUCAUUUGAACCUGUCACUUAAUUGGGGCACAACUGUGAAAGUCGGUUGGUGAAGUUAUAUAAGGGAAUGACCAGUCUUGUGCUUCACUUAUAAAUCAGUAUGGGCCAUACCAUUACUCACCAAAAUGCCAUUCAAAUCUUAUUUUCAAACCUCUUGCUUUUAAUUAGAUGGGGGUCAUCAGUAGCUGAGUAUGGCAUUCAUCUUGGAUUCUGGAGCAGUUUUAACUUGUGUUGCACCCCAAAAGAUAUCUGCUCUUUGUAAAUACAGCAGAGAGUGAAUGCUCCUCCCAGGAGCUGCGAUCCUCACCCUCCUUCCUCAGCUCACCCUGUGUUAGUGUCGCUGUUACUAUUGCUCAUGUAACAUGUAUAGACUUUUCACUCACUAAAUCAAAAACCACUGAUGUAUGUAGACUAUAUCUAUAUAGACUUUUUAAAUCUGGCUAAUUUUAUUUUUUAUUUGUAACUUCAAAUAUAUUCCCUUAAUGGGAGUCGUUGUUUAAUUAUUCUGCAUUAUAACCUGUAAUUAAAACAGAGUAAAUAAUAAAUGUAAAAUCUGUA